UAACCGUAUAUAUAAAAGAAAAUUUUAACUUAUUUCCCCUCGAAGGGAAAGGAAGGAAGAAGAGACGAUCUCACUCCGCCAUGGCCGAGGGUUUCAAGCUCGAUCAGAAGCACGGGAAGAGCCGCGUUAGGGUUUCUCGGGUUUGGAGACAACCCCUCAGCGGCGGCGAUGCGAUCGUGGAGUGGAACGUGAGCGUAAGCCUCUUCUCCGACUGCCUCCCAGCGUACACCUCUGGCGACAACUCCGCCAUCGUCGCCACCGACUCCAUGAAGAACACCGUGUACGCGAAGGCGAAGGAGUGCUCCGAGGUCGUCUCUGUGGAGGUGUUCGCGAUUAUUCUCGCGAGGCACUUCUCUUCAUUCUAUCCUCAGGUUUCGGCUGCUGAGGUUAAAAUAGUUGAGAAGCCUUGGGAACGCAUGGUCGUUAGUGGUCGACCCCAUUCACACGGAUUUAAGCUUGGGAGUGAGAUGCAUACUACAGAAGUGACAGCGAAGAAGUGCGGUGCCUUGAGUUUAGCUUCUGGAAUUCAACAACUUUCUUUGCUAAAAACAACUAUGUCAGGCUUUGAAGAAUUUGUGAGGGAUAAAUACACGCUCCUUCCGGAGACAAGGGAAAGGAUGAUGGCAACAGAGGUCACUACUUCUUGGAGGUAUACAUAUGACCAUGUUUCUCAGAUACCUCCGGACCCAUUUUGCUUCACAGAAAGAUACAAAGAUGUAAAGAAGGUUCUGGAAGAAACCUUCUUUGGGCCCCCGGAUACAGGAGUAUACAGCCCUUCAGUUCAGAACACUCUGUACCUUAUGGCAAAGGCAGUGCUCAAUAGGUUCCAGGAUAUAGCUUCAAUUCAUCUCCGAAUGCCUAACCUCCAUUUCUUGCCCGUAAAUCUAUCUAGCAAAGAGAACCCAACCAUGGUGAAGGUGAGAUCAUAAUUUUUGAUAAUGAUGUUUAUGUGCCGACCGACGAGCCACAUGGAACAAUAGAAGCAACCUUGAGCCGCACCAUGUCCAAGAUGUAAUGAGUUGGUUCGUGCAAAUCAAUAUACUCGUCAUGUUUUACAUGCCAGAAAAGUCAGUGCUUGUCUAUCAAUUUGAACUUUCUAUCAUCUGCUUAGGUGACCUCUUGUAUCCUUUCAUGAUGCGUGAAAUAAGUUUGUAGCAUGCUUUGCAGGCCCCGGCUUGGCUGAACUUUGAAUACAGAGGGCUUCUUUAGAUUCCUAAUCUCUCAUGUGAAUUCAUCUUUUUAUGUGGGCAGUGAUGGUUGGAAAAUUAGUAUCUCUAUCA